AUUCAAUCAGCUUCCCCCAAUCAUUCCUCAACUCAACCAUGAUUCUUCUUCUCCUAUACCUUCUCAUUCCAACUAUCAAUACCGUAGUCAUUCCUAGCCCUCUAAAAUCUUCAUAUCAAUCUAUUGCUGGACAACGUGCAAUAAAUCUCGAUGUCAACGUGCGUCUACUGACUGUGUUAGCUCUUCAACAAAGUGGCUGGCAACUAUACGAAGAUCACUGGUAUAAGAUGUUUGAAACCGACGUAAUGUGGAUUCCAGCAGAAAAUGUGUGUAGAUCAAUGGGAGGGCACUUGGUUAGCAUCAAGGAUGAAUCCGAAAACCUAUUUGUACACAAACUAAGAAAGAAGAACAAUAUUUGGAUUGGCCUCAACAAGCUAAAUGAUACAUUCCACGUGUACAAGUGGUCUGAUGGUUCGGAAGCCGAUUAUCUCAACUGGGCAUCUUCACAGCCAAAUGAGCCAGAUGUUGAUUGUGCCUACAUGGCAUUUCAUCAAGAACAAAGAGGCACUUGGUUUGAUUACGGUUGCCGUGAAAUGUUGCCACAGUUUUUUGUAUGUAAAUUGCCAAUGCCAUAAUGCCAAAAUUUCCUAUCACUAAAUUAGUAUUUCAAUAAAUGAGUUUUUUUU